AUGGACGAAAUCCAAGUCGACAAGAAGCAGAUCCGGCCAACAGAGAGCAGCACUCCGGACUAUGAGGUUUCUAAGCUAACGACUAUUGAUGAUUAUGAGGUUGAGGAUUUCUACGGAUCCUCUACCACUAAGGCAUACCGCUUGAAGUCUGAGUUCCAAUGGAAACUCUUCGUGGUCACCGGUUUCGGAUGGAUAGUCGAUAAUUUUGCAUCACAGGGCAUUGGAAGUGUCCAGCCACCUAUCAAGCAAGAGUUCACUGGUAUCGUCCAAGUCAGCUACAGUUCCGUUGCGUAUUAUGUUGGCCUCAUUUUGGGUGCUUCGUUUUGGGGUCUAUCGAGCGAUCUCAUUGGACGCAAGCCAGCCUUCAAUUGUACGCUACUCAUUGCUGGCAUAUUUCUGUGUGCCGCUGCUGGUUCAAUGAACUUCAUUGCAUUCAGUGCACUUUGGGCAGUCAUUGGAACUGCAGCCGGUGGAAAUGUGCCUGUUGAUUCGAUGAUAUUUCUAGAAUUCGUCCCAGGAAGUCAUCAGUAUCUUCUCACAGCUCUUUCGGCUUGGUGGAAUCUGAGUCAACUUAUUGUCUCCUUGAUUUCUUGGGUAUUCCUAGCCCACUUUAGUUGUCCAACUGAUGCCACCCCAGAAACAUGUUCUCGAAGCCAGAACAUGGGAUGGAGAUACACACUCAUCACUCUAGGAGGUCUAGCCCUCGCAUUUACCAUCAUACGCAUUUUUGUUUUCAAACUCCCUGAAACCCCCAGAUAUCUGCUCUCCCAGGGAAGAGAUCAGGAUGCGGUCAACGCCAUUAAUUAUGUUGCGAAACAAAAUGGAAAGCCAGAGCCCCUGACGCUUGAGAUGCUUCAAGAAAUCGAUGCCAGGUUUGGAAAUACUCCCAGCGAAGGAGAGUCUAAGCGAAUGUCAACAAAAGAAAUUGUGAAGGAGAACAUGCAAGCGUUCCGAGGGGAGCACUACCGUGCACUGUUCGCAACUCCAAAGCUCGGUAGACAGACAUUGAUCAUUUGGGCCAUCUGGUUGACAGUCGGAAUCGCAUACCCGCUGUUCUUCGCCUUCUUACCUUCCUACCUUGCGACCAAAUUCACAGAAAAAUCGUCUCUCUCCCUAACAUAUCGCAACUACUGCAUCACAUCAGCUGUCGGAAUAGUCGGACCAUUAUCUGCCGCAGUAUCGGUUAAUACCCGCAUGGGAAGAAGAUGGAUGAUGUCAAUUUCAGCCGCUGUCACAGGCGUGUUCCUCUUCGCAUAUGUCGGAGUCAACACUCCAUCAGCCGACUUGGCAUUUUCUUGUGUUACCAGCCUUCUAGGCAAUUUCGAAUACGCUAUUAUGUACGCGUUCACUCCAGAAUCAUUCCCAGCUCCUCAUCGUGGCACGGCUUGCGGAACAGCGGCUGCGCUCCUUCGAUUUGGAGGACUCGUCGCCAGUAUUAUCUCGUCGCAGACCGGUUUUACCACUGCACCAAUCUAUGCGAGCGCGGCAUUGUGGAUUGUUGUCGGAGUUUUGUGUCUGGGAUUGCCGUUUGAGACACAUGGACACGAUGCGCUAUGA